AUGGGUACAAUGUGCUUCCCGCGAGUAUCCAUUCCAGACGAUCGAUUCCGGAUAUACGUCGAGCUCAGUUACAAUGCGGCGCCGGCUUUCAUGAUGUCCAUCGGCUGUGCGAAGGCGUCUAUACUCUGCCUUUAUAUGCAACUAUUCCCCAGUACAAAGUUCAAUACCAUCGCCAAGAUCACACAGGGUGUUGUGAUCAUGACCACGGUCGCCAUCACCCUGCUGCUAUACCUCUCGCGCCUUCCGAAUCUGUCACUCGAUGCUGUGGCCCUCUUUCUGGCAACGGCCGCCUCAAACAUUGUCAUGGACGUGGUGUUGCUGAUUCUUCCAAUUCCCACCGUAUUCAACCUCCAGAUGGCACUCAAUGUCAAGCUUCUUGUCGCAGGACUAUUCGGUUUGGGCUUACUAACCACUGUCACCUCCACCCUCCGGCUGUAUCUUCUCAUCCAAAUUCAAGGCAGCGAGGACCUGACCUGGGACGCCGCCCCAGCGAAUAUCACUUCGUUCCUCGAAGUUAAUCUCCUUCUAAUCUGCACUUGUGUGCCCGCUGUGCGCCAAUUCUUCAGGAAACUCAAGCGCAGCUCCUCCAUAGUGAAUCAAUCCAGCUUCACAAACCGAGUCUCGGGGACAAGACAGUUACGCCUGGACAGUUCGAGUCAAGUUCGACUGCGCGAGCCGACGGCUGACGCCGAUGUAGAAUUGGGAAACGUCUCGAGAAGUCAUUCAAGCGGCGCGGACAGCGCUUGGAGCGAGCCGAAACUCGGAAAGAACAUGAACGAAUCUUCGUAGAUUUGACAGCAUAAGACGGCACAAUAAAAGUUUUUUGAGCUCAAGCCAUCGAACAUAAGAAGCGGGCUCUGUCUCCCUGAUCAGUUACAAACAGCCCUUGACCCAACUACACGGCCAGAUCACAGCUAUAAACACUGGAAAAGGUCUCAUUGGUCCUCUCCUCUUUGCCCUAGCAACAUGGAAGCAGCCAGACGGAGCCAGACUCCCUAUCAGGACGGGUUGGUCGGCAUGGGGCAGAUUACACGGAAGCUGAGCCCCCCAGCCCUGCCGGCCGCUGCAUAUGUGUAACCAUUCGGCUUGCCCGGUUUUGCUAGUGUCUUCUCCGAAUGGCCUGACAACGUCAACAAUACCCCGCUCUUCUACACUAUAACCGUGGUAUUACAAUCAGGAAGCGAGGGUCCGGCUGCCCAGCAUCAGCGUCUGCAGUGGCUGUCCCAGACCUUGUUUCGU